AUGGCUGUCGCCAAUGCCUCACUCGCGCCCUCAAAUCCCUUCUCUGCUUCCGCGUCCUCACGCGCUGCUGUUCCCAUGUCUCCGCAGCCCAAUCCUCUCACUCAACUGCCGAAUGUCGAUUUCAAUUUCGAAGACUUACGGCAGCGCAUGUCAGCGUUCACCGUCAAGUUCGAUGCGUUCAUCGAGCGCGGUCGCAAGCGCGUCCUAGAGGAACGAAAUGAGUUUCGUGAACGAUUGGGAGAGCUUACUGGCAUGUUGACCCCUAAGGACCAGCGCCUCAAAUCACAGUCCAUCGCCACCCUUUCCUCCGCAACAACCACUCACCGCUCCCUCCUUGCGCGAGAACAGUCCGAGAAAGAAGAGAUGAAUACCGCUAUUCGCUCGCUGGAAAACACUCAUGCCACGCACUGCAAGACUCGCGACCGAUUGAAAUCGCAGAUCGCGCAGACGCAGCGGCAGAUCGACUCAAAGCUCCAGGCUCAACGCGACUAUAAUGCCAAGCUCGAGUCGCAAAGCAGGUUGAAUGGGCCUGAACUGGCCUUUUGGGAAACGUAUCUCGGGGUCCGGUUGGAGGGUGCCGGCGUUCUGGAUCGCAUCAAGGUUGUUUUUACGCUUGAGGGCGGGAGGGGUGGAGGGAAUGGUGCAGGGGCGGGGGAUCGGGAGGUUUGGUUUGAGUUGGAUCUGAGCCAGAGGGAUUAUGAGGUUAGGGGUAUGGGAGGAGCGGUCGAGAUGAAGGACAUGCGGGGGGUGGAGAAGGUGCUGGAUAAGUUGAAUGAAUCGAGAGAUAUUGGGCAGUUUCUGGCGGGGAUGAGAGGGUUGGUUGUGGAGAAGAUGAAGGCUUAG